AUGGCUUACUGCAGUCUCUGCAAUCGCUUCUUCAAGAGCGAGCGCGCUCUCCAGCAACACAGAGAUGACUCGAACAUGCACUACAUCUGCUACAAGUGCAACAUGGACUUUGCGUCCAACGCCACCCUCAUACUGCACUUCACGAACAGCCCGCAGCACCCGUACUGCCCAUGGUGCGACGAUCAUUUCGGUGACUAUGGAGAUCUUUUCGCCCAUUUUGUGGAUGCACACUUCUAUUGUGAACUCUGCAACCUGAUGUUUCCCUUCGAGACCGCGCUACAUGAACACCGCCGCUUCGCCCACGCGGACGAUUACUGUGUUCCAUGCAAGCGCAUGUUCAAGAACACAAACGCCCUCCGACAUCACGAGCGUUCGACCUUCCACAAGGGCCGCACCAUCGACUGCCCCAUGAAAGGAUGCAUCAAGUCCUUCGUUUCCCGCGCUGCGCUCGUGCACCACCUCGAGUCCGGGGGCUGCUUCUCCCGCAUCACGCGCGACAUGGUCAACCGGAUCGUCGCGAAGCUCGACACGCACGGGGUCAUCAGCGACCCGACGAAGCUCAUUGGGCCCGGGAGCGGGAUGCAAGUGACGGGCUCGUGGGCGACGGCGCGUGCAUGGAACGGGAUGCGGUGGGAGUGCUACCUGUGCCACCGGACCUUCGUGCAGAUGUUCGACCUGAACCAGCACCUGAACAGCCCGGCGCACACCCAGAAGGGGCUGUACCACUGCCCGACGGCGUGGAAGGGGUGCGGGGCGAAGUUUAACACACUCAGUGGGUUCUGCCAACAUGUGGAGAGCGAGCAGUGCGGGGUAUGCCGGUUCAAGAAGACCAUGGAUAGUUUCAUCGACGGGCUGUCGAAGGGGAAGAAAUUGUGUGCAUAG